AAUAUAAUAAAUUAUAAAAAAAGAAAAAUAAAUAAAUAUCAAAAAUGAUAUCUAAUCAAACUCUGAAUAUCUCAAACACAUCUUUUACUAUUUAAUAGCUAGAAGAUGGUAUUAACUAACUUAAUAAAGAAUAUGCUGAUAUUAGGAAUGAUUUUUAAAUAAAUUACAAACCUUAAAUAAACUAAACUUUCAAAUAAUUAGAGUCAAAAAUAAAAGAUCAGUAAUAAUAUUAAAUCUAUGAUCCUUAUGCAUUGAGAAAUUAAAAUAUCGUUCUUUUUGAUAAAAUUAAUAAGAACAAAACAAAAAUGAAUACUGUACUUUAAAUAUAAGAAAGAGCUAAAAAAUAUCUAAAUGAUUGCACAAAAACUAAUUAAAUGCUUAAUUCUAAAUUGUAGGAACUCUAAAAUUAGCUGCAAAGAGCGUAAUACAAUCAUCAGUCAGCUAAUUAAUUAUUUGAAAAGCAAAAAAAAUCUAUUGAGGAAUAAUGUUGCUCAUAUAAGAGGGAUGAAGAGUAUGUAAGAAUCUAAAAUUUAAUAACCAAAUUAAAUGAAUAAAGUUAAAUAGCAGCUCGAGACUGUGAAUUAGCUAACACAUACAUUCGAAAUGGAAAUUAAAACAUAGAAAAUUUAAAAAUUGAAAAAGAAGAAACAGUAAGGAUGAGAAAAGAACUUGAUUUAGAAAAAGAAGAGAUUAAUAACAAGAUUAAUGAACUCAAACAAUUAAAAAUUAAUGGUUAAAAAUAAAAAGAAAGUUAGAUUAAGUUUCUUUAAGAAUAAAUAAAAGAUUUAGAAAGUAACAAAUAAGAAUUUAAUAAACCAACUUUAGUUUAUUAUCUUUUUGAUGAAAAUGAUCUGAGUCCUUUAGAAGAUAAUUAUAUGAAAUAUUGUAAUUAGGCUAGGAUCAAAUCAAAUAAUUUUAAUUACAGCUCAGGUAAAGGUAAAUUGUUUGGUAGUUAUUCUUUCACAAAAUGUUUAGAAACAAUAACAGAACAAUUAGAAAAAAUUAAAGUAAGUUAAACAUAAAAUAAUGCCUAGAUUUUAAUUAAACUUAUUGUAAAUUCAGUAACAUACUAAAGUUAUUAAAGUCACGAAUAAAAAAUAAAUCUAUUAAUAGAAAAAGUUACCUAAAUAAUAAAAUCUGGAUACGAAUUAAAGAUACACAUCUUUGAUAAGAAUUGUGUAGAUAAGAUGUGCUUCUACUACUUAUAUACAAAAUUAGAAAAAAUUACUAAUGUGAUUUAUUAAAAUUUACUAACUUGCACAAAUUAAGAAGGCUUAGAGAGUAAUCGUUAUCCAUAUGAUGUUGACAGAAAGAAGAAAUUUCAAAUAAUGAAUCUUAAUUUGAAACUAGAAUAAUUAGUAACCGAUUCUCAAGAGUAGUCAAAGUAAUUAGAUGCUUAAAUAAGUAUGCUAAAUCAGUAGCUUUUUGAAAAAGACAAUUAGCAGUUAGAAAUUCAAUAAAAAUUAAAAAACAAUUAAUAAAGGAUAAGCGAAUUAGAGUAAUAAGUUUUUUAAAAUUAAAUUGAAUUAGAAAAUAAGCAGACUAUCUUGUCUUUGAAAUAAAGAGACAUAACUACAUAAACUAAAAAUUUGACAACUUUGGAGAGCACACUUAAAACAUUCGAAUAGAAAAGAUAUAUAUCUUCCUAUUAAGAUCAAUUAGACAAGGCUUUUAAUGAAUGUGAAGAUUUAAAAAGUUAAAUAUCAAGCUUAGAAAUGGCUUAAAAGAAUAAUGAAAAAUAAACUGAAAAUUUUAAAGAUCUAAUUAAAAAAUUAGAUAAUUUCUAUCAAGGCAUUCAAUAAGAAAUAUUAGUUCUUUAUUCUUUUGUAUACUAAUUCUCUGGAGAGAAUGAUCUAUUACUUCUAAUGUUUGCAUUAAGUUUUGACUGUUAAAUCCUAUUUAUAGAUGAGGAUUAAGAGAAAAGUAUACAAAAAGUUUUUGGCCUAACCGAGUAAACGGCAAAAACACUUCUUGAGUAUAUUUAAGUAAAAGUUGAGAGAUUAGAAUCAAAUAAAAUAGAUAUUAUUUUAAUUCCAAACCACAAAGAAGAAAUAAAAUUAGAGAAGCUAAAUGACAUAAUUAAUUUAGUGUAGAAUAAAAUUACUGAAAGAGCAAAAGAAAUUAUUUUAAAAGUUGCAAUUUUAAAUACAAAAGAAUUAAUGAUUCAAUCCUUAGAAAAAAAUAUAAGAAGAACAAAUUGAUAAAUUAUUUGCUAAAAAUAUAUUUUUUCUUCUUUGCUAAUUGCUUAUUUGGUGCAUAAAGGUUAUAAAAAUAUGUCAUAUCAAUUUUUAUGUAUGUAUAUAUGUAUUUAUAUUGAAUCAUCAGUAAUUCUAUUAUGAAAUUUAAUAAAUUCUAAUAUAAAAAUAAAUUUAUAAAAAUCAAAUAAACAU